AUGAAGUUUGUGACAGCUGGUUAUAAUGUCGGCUAUCCUGCUUAUGGAGCCAAGUUUUUGAAUAAUAACACGUUGCUUGUGGCAGGUGGGGGAGGUGAAGGUAACAAUGGGAUACCAAACAAGUUGACAACCUUGCGCGUGGAUCCCACUAAAAACAGUGAGAAGGAACAGUUUUGUAUAUUAAGCGAGUUCACAUUGGAAGAUAAUGACGACUCUCCUACUGCAAUUGAUGCUUCUAGGGGUAUUGUUUUGUUAGGUUGCAAUGAGAAUAGUACGAAGAUUGCACAAGGUAAGGGUAAUAAGCACUUGAGAAAAUUUGCAUAUGAUGAAUUGAAUGGCCAAUUGAAGUUUGUCACUAGUGUGGACUUUGAUAGAUCUACGAACGCGGAUGACUACACAAAGCUAGUCUAUAUAUCACGGGAGGGUAGCGUGGCAGCCAUUGCGUCAUCUAAAGUGCCUGCUAUAAUGAGGAUCAUUGACCCAAGUGACUUAACUGAAAAGUUCGAGAUUGAAACCAGGGGUGAGGUAAAAGAUUUGCACUUUUCUACUGAUGGUAAAGUUGUUGCUUAUAUUACCGGUUCUAGUUUGGAAGUUAUAUCGACAGUCACAGGGAGUUGCAUUGCUAGGAAGACGGACUUUGAUACAAAUUGGAGUUUAUCCAAGAUAAACUUCAUAGCAGAUGAUACAGUGAUGAUUGCGGCCUCUUUAAAAAAAGGUAAAGGUAUCGUGUUGACUAAGAUAAGCAUCAAAUCAGGAAAUACUUCAGUGUUGAAAUUUAAACAAGUCACAAACAAGUUUAAAGGGAUCACUUCUAUGGAUGUCGACGUGAAGGGUGAAUUGGCGGUAUUGGCAAGUAAUGACAAUUCCAUAGCUCUUGUGAAACUAAAGGACUUUUCGAUAUCUAAAAUAUUCAAACAGGCUCAUAGUUUUGCCAUUACUGAAGUCACGAUAUCCCCAGAUUCUACAUACGUGGCGAGUGUUUCUGCGGCCAAUACUAUUCAUAUAAUAAAACUACCAUUCAACUAUGCCAAUUACACUUCAACGAAGGAAAAAAUCUCCAAAUUUUUCACCAACUUCAUCCUCAUUUUAUUGCUUUCCUACAUUUUACAGUUUUCUUAUAAGCACAAUUUGCAUUCCACUCUUUUUAACUAUGCAAAGGGCAAUUUUUUGAUGAAGAGGAAUACUAUCUCUUCGCCCUAUGUAAUUGAUGAGGACUUACAUCAGACAACCUUGUUUGGCAACCACGGUACUAAAACGUCUGUAUCCAUCACUGAUUCCCUAAGACUAAGUGACAUGCACGAGACAGAUAGUGUGAAUGUGUCCAAAGACCUGGAUAUUGAAAGCAGUACUAUUGAUAGGGAAGCGAUUGACCUCGGCAUUACAAAUGCAACUUUUCGAGGGGAAGAUAAUGCCAGAGUUUGA